AUGGAUCCAGCUCAGGAGGAAGAUCCAGUUGAGGUUCCUGAAAGAGAGUGGGCUCCAAGGAGACCAGGACCGGAGGGGAACCUUCAUCAACAAGCAGACUUCUAUCCAAGGUAUAAAGCUGACUUCCCUGCGUUUGAUUAUGAGCACCCCAGGAAUUGGAUUGUUCGGUGUGAGAGGUUCUUUAUGUUCUCCCAUACCCCUAGGAAUGAAGUUAUGAACUUGUUGUUUGUUAAUCUCUCUGGAAAGGUGGGGUUAUGGUACGAGGGGUAUGUGAGUGAGCUUAGACAGGGGUUUCAAUGGCACCAUUUUGCAGAAGCUGUCUGCAAAAGGUUUGAGAACAAGGGGGAAUCAUUGAUGGAGGAGUUUGCAAGUUUGAAACAAUGGGGAACUGUGGAGGAUUUCACAGAAAAAUAUGAGGAAUUCAAGAGCCAACUGUUGGUAGGUCAUCCUUACUUAACUGAGGGGUACUUUAUGGAGAAUUUUGUAGCUAGACUUAAACCAAAUCUCAGGUGUUUUGUGCGAACUGCUAAGCCCACAACACUGAGUGAUGCCAUAUGGUAUGCUGGACAGUUUGAGAGGGGAUUGAAAACCAGUGAACCUAACAGGUCAAUUCCUUGGAACUCUAGACAAACUCCACCCACAAAAACUCACCCCACUGAACCUUUAAACCCUCCCCACAACAAAAAACCAGCCCUAUCAUCCCAAUAUGCAAACUCACCUUCCCCAGAAUUGACCAGGUUCAAGGCACAAUUGAGGGAGCAGAGGAGGUGUUUCAAAUGUUUUGAGAGUUGGAAGCCAGGGCACAAAUGCAAGGGUCCUACCUUCCACUUGAUAGAGGAAGAUGAAGGGUAUGACCAGGAUUAUGUGGAGCAGGCAGAACCAGAAACAAACAAGGAAGAGGCUGAGGUCUCUCUGUGUGCCAUGGUAGUGGGAGAGGGUAUGCACACCAUCAAGCUGCUAGGCUUUGUACAGAGACAGAAAAUACUUAUAUUGGUGGAUAGUGGUAGUACCCACAGCUUCUUAGAUCCAAAGUUGCUCAGCCAACUAAGGAAGGAUCCUGUGAAAGCAUCCCCAUUAACAGUAACUAUAGCUAAUGGAGAACAAGUGAGGAGUGAUUCAGUGUGCUUGGGACUGAAUUGGGAAGUGCAAGGGGAGGAAUUUACUAAGGAUUUCAGAUUGUUGAAUUUAAGGGGCUGUGACAUGGUGCUUGGGAUGGAUUGGAUAGACCUAUAUGCCCUUAUUCAGUUACACACUAGACCCCCCAGCCUCUCAUUUCACAAAGAUGAGAGGAAAAUCAUCUUGAAGGGUUUGACUAAGGCUAUUAUGCUAAAGGCAGCCUCUGGAAAGCAGAUUAGGAGAUGGCAUCAGAAGGGGAUUAGAGGAUUUCUAGUUCAGCCCAACAUUGUUCCACAUGACACACCCCCAACCCAUACAAUUUUCCACCAUUAUGAGCCCCACCUUUUUCUAACCUUACCCCACACACCCUUCCUAGAACUUACACUUCUUUUGCAGGAGUUCCAAGAUGUGUUUGCUGAGCCCACAGACCUUCCACCUCCCAGAGUUCUUGAUCACUCUAUUCCCCUAGUUCCAGGAGCUAAACCUGUUAAUAUGGGACCCUACAGAUAUUCAUAUGAUCAGAAAAAUGCAAUAGAGAAAAUGGUGAAUGAAAUGUUAGAAGCUGGAGUGAUUACCCCCAGCACAUCAAGUUUUGCCUCACCUGUCCUCUUAGUGCCAAAGAAGGACAAUAACUGGAGAUUUUGCAUAGAUUACAGAGCCCUCAACAACAUAACCAUAAAAAAUAAGUUCCCCAUACCCUUAGUGGAGGACUUAUUCUCUGAGUUGGCUGGGGUAGGUUGCUUUUCUAAACUGGAUUUGAGGUCAAGGUACCAUCAGGUCAGGAUGAAGGAAUGA